AAAAUAAAACAGGACCGUCGGCGUUGUUUAAAUCGCGAUGUCCGAUCAGAUACCACGAGUUUCUGAGUAUGUAACGUCCUAGGCACUUAAUGUCAUAAUCGUGAGUUCAAACGUUCAAUGUUCAAGCUGAAAGUGCGUGAUUCGACUUCUUGCCGACUCAUGUUUUAUUUUUUGGGACUGGCUUAUCGUUCUAGAAUCCAGAGGGGGGGCUAGAACAUAACGUUCUAAACGCUGCGGGAAGUCAUCUAUCGACAACGACAUUUUAGAACCUUCGAACUCUGACUUGCGUACUUCUACCCCUGACCCCUACCGCUUCCCCGCGGUAGACCAGGGUGGAUCCACCGUGAACUUCAUUUCAAUUGUCGAAAACAGCCAGAGAUGCUCAGUAUAAAAGCACAGCGUUCUCUGACCUUUCCUUCAUCAGUUCCUCGUCUCAUUGUCAAAUCGUCCCACUUGCUACAUCUCAUACAAUGCCUUUUCCGAGCGACGGAGUGUAUACCAUCAGAAACGUCGGCAGAGGCCUCAUGCUCGAUCUGAGGGGCAACAGCACCGCCGAAGGCAACCAGAUCCAAGGCUACGCCAACAAUGGCACCGUGGCUCAACAGUGGGUGAUCAAGAGACAGAACCCGCCAGGUAUUCAGUCCAACAAUGACGGCAACAAUGGCAAUGGAUUCUUCGCUACUGCGAGCGAGGAUUCGGAUGAACUGGUCGUUUACACGAGGCAGGCGUUUGUCGUCGAUCUUGUUGGACGCCCGGACGAUUAUUAUAGCAUUCGCUACACUCUCGGGAACGAGAACCUGAUGCUAUCCAUUCCGGGCUCAAAGCACAAUGAAGUGAAACUCGAGAAUUACGACAUAGAAAGUACCCGCCAGCAGUGGCAAUUUGUCCGGGUGUCUGAUCUCCAGCCGCUGAUCGGUUAGUUGUCGCUACUAGGCAGCACCUUGCCUGCAAGGGGUGUUCGAAAGUGUCGCUAAAUAGUACAUAGAUGUACUGCGUUUUGUUAUGUCCGCUCCCGUUGUAUUGAAUGUCAUUGCUUUGGUUCGACUAGAUCUCUUAGGGAAAUGAGUGGGUAGCAGCGCCACCUCUUUUGCUCCAUCCCAC